AUAUUGUAAAUUAUUGUGACAGCACAGUGCAUCCCUCAUUAUAAUGUCUUUCUUCGACUUGCUGAUAUUUCAAAAGGUGAAGUGUAAACUUUGUUCCAAAGAACUUGGGUACCAAGAGAACACGUCAUCUAUGUUGAGGCAUUAUAGGGCCCUGCAUGAAAAUAAGGAGACAACUCAAACAGAACCACCCCCAGUGAAUAAGAAUGCAGUGGAAGAGGCAUUAAUCAAUAUGGUGAUUGAAGAUUGCCAGCCCUUCAGUUUUGUGGAGGACACAGGGUUCAGGAAGCUUAUCCAAGCUUUCGACCCUACAUAUGUGCUCCCCACCAGGCGGACUUUGAAAGCCAUGGUGGAGGAGAGGUACCAGCAGGCAAAAGAGAAGGCCCAAGACCUCAUAGCAAAGUCCUCUGCUGUGAGCAUAACAGCAGAUAUGUGGACCAGCAUCAACACAGAUGCAUAUCUGGCAGUCACCUGUCAUUUCAUUGAUGAGCACACCUCUCUGCACUCAGCUGUGUUAGGUGUGCUCCAUUUCCCUGACCACCAUACAGCUGAGAACAUGGCUUCCGUUCAAUCGGCACUCAUGGCACAAUGGGGCAUUUCCACCAAGGUAACUUGCCUUGUGACAGAUGGUGCAGCCAACAUGGCUGCAUGUGCCAGAGACCUUCAUCUGCGCCACACAUAUCUGAUCGUGAAGAAGGCUCUGGCAGAAAACACUGAGCUGUCUGAGAUCCGUCUUCAGUGUAGGAGGAUAGUUGGCUACUUCAAAAGCAGUACCACUGCAAAGACAAGGCUGACACAGGUGCAGGAGCAAAUGAUGCCUACAGAGCCUGUGCUGAAGCUCAUUCAAGAGGUGGAGACACGCUGGAACAGCACCUUCCACAUGUUGCAACGGAUGUACAACCUCAGGGAAGCCGUAGGAGCAGCCCUGGCAGGCCUCCACACUGACAUUGCCCCACUCACAUCCCAUCAGUUGAGGCUCAUUUCUGAGAGUCUGCAGGUGCUGUCCCCAUUUAAUGAUGCCACCGUAGAGCUCUCAGAGGAGAAGAGAGUGUCUGGAUCCAAGGUCAUACCACUUCUGGCCAUGCUGCACCACACCUUGGAGGAUGACAUAGGAACCAUAAAAAUGGAGGAGAGCAAAGCAAUGGCUGAGGGCCUUAAAAAACAACUGAGGGACAAGCUCUACACCCUCCAAACCAUGAGCAUCAUGUCACUGGCAACACUGCUGGAUCCCAGGUUUUUAUCAGUUGUCUGUUUUUCUCAUCUGUCUACUAGCACCAACAAAUGAGCAAGUGCCGCUUGUUGAACAGUUCACAACUGCAAUGAGUCUCAUUGUCAUUUGCAGGUUCAAAAAGAUAGGCUUCUUUAGCCAAAAUAAAGCACAAGAGGCUGAGAGGAGGCUCACAGCUGAAUGUGCGACAGUGAUCCGGCCCAGGGCA